AUUAGGAAAACUGUAGAACAGAACUGUUAUUUUGUUGCAUAUUGUUAAUUCUAGUUGAUUCAAUACCAAAAUAGUUUCUAGCUACUUGAAAAUCCUCGAUCAAAUUAAGAAUAUGUUAUAAAUAAUGCAAAACUUAAAAGCACAAACAUUCAAACAAUACCUCCACACUCAAUUGCAGACUUGCAGCAAACUCAUCCGCCGAUCGCUCCGCUCUUCUCGAGUCCUCUCCUCGGGUUAAUUAUAUAUAUGAUCGACUCUUGAAAUCUAGUAGAUCAAUAUGAACCUUACAAGAACGAAGAUGGGAAGAAGGCAAGAGGCUCAAGAUUACAGUGAAGCUGAUAUAAUUAGUAAUUUGCCUAGGGAUGUGAUACACGAGAUUUGGGAACGCUUACCCCUCCAGGAUGCUGCAAGAAUGAGUGUUCUAUCGCAUAAGUGGCAAGACAUUUGGACUUCAACACCCCAUCUUUUAUUUGAUGAUUGCUUUUUUACAAGUGUUCUUAAAGAGGAACGACAAGAGACCCUCAGGUUUUGCAGCACUGUGAGCAAAAUUCUGUUUCAACAUCAAGGUCCUAUUCACAAGUUUUCAUUGUUUGUUCCUCCUUUAAAUGCCUGUCCAGAUGUUUCUCAGUGGAUUUCCCAUCUUUCAAGAAAUGGUUUAAGGGAUUUUAGCCUCAGGAAUACAUACAUGUCACCUCUUAAGUUGAGCUCGCGUCUCUUCUGUUGUGGCGACUUGGAAAAGUUGAAGCUUUUUUUCUGCAUAUUCAGUCCUCCUCCUCUUAAUAUCAGAGGCUUUCCAAAGCUCACAAGCCUUGAGCUUGACAGAGUCUUUUUAACAUACAAGACUUUCAAAGAUCUAAUUGAAAGUUGCCCAGUACUGCACAACUUGAAUUUAACAAACUUUACUGGUAUGGAGCACAGGAACAUUGUUAUUGAUUCUCCUAACCUCAAACACUUGAUUCUUGAUUGGCAAUUUGAGUCACUUGAGCUGAAAAGUUGUGAGAAUCUCGUGUCCGCCUCAUUUGGUAUGCAGAUUUUUGUCAAUGUUGUUCACAGGGCUAGCUUAUGUAAUCUGGUUAAAGUUCUUGCAACGUCAAGUAAACUCAAAAGGCUUUGUUUUAAAGGUCACUUUUGUACGAUUCUGUUUAAAGCAGGUAGCCUUCGUAUUAACUUUGAGAAACUGAAAAUUCUUGAGUUGCUAAACCUUCAUUUGGAAUAUCUGGAUGAUUUUUCUUCUGUGAUUAGCUGUAUUCAGAGCUCUCCUAACAUUGAAGUGCUUAAAAUCACUGUUCUUUCAAGCACAAAUCUUGCAGACCAUGUGCUGGACUAUAACCCUGAGUGUAAAUUACACCACCUGAGUUGUGCCAAAGUUGGUAUAAUGACUGCUUCAAGUACAGAGCUCAAGUUGAUUGAGUUUUUGCUCACUUGCUCUCCUACCCUUGAGAAAUUAUCAGUACAUACACCCCUCAAGAACAAAUCUCGUUCAAGGAUGUUAAUGCAAUUAAACCGGUUUCGUAGAGCAUCACCAAAGGUAGAAGUCAUCUGCCCAGAAAGCAUAUUGCCAAAGAGGUCUGUUCAUGUUGCCACCUCACCUUCUACUUCAGGUUCAUCUUCUGAUUCUGAUUAGUUUCUUGUUUCUCAAGUACAGAAUUAAUGAGUAAAUGCUUCUGUGUGUGUAUUGAGUUUUCGAACUCUAGAGUCUAGAUUACCUUCUUCUCCCUUUAACUUUGACUAGGGAUAUUAUUGAGCUUCUGAUAUGAUUAUUUGUUGGAUUAGUUUGGAGGAUCCAAGUUUGCGAUAGAUGUUGAAUGAUCGAUUUGUUGGAUCGUUAUAGUAUCAGAUUUUUGAGGUCAAAA